AUGGCUCUAAACACAGUGUCUUUCAGGCGUGUGGCAUUCCUAAAGCUUCCAGAUCUUCUUUUAAGUAUUGGGAAAAUCAUACUGCUGUCUCAGUUCUCUCAGGACUGUGAGCAAUUGGAGGUGACUAUUAAAAAAGAAAUUCAAGUUCAAAAAGGAAUUGUGAGAAAGAUUCAGGUUGAGAUUAAAGCAAUUUAUAGUGAGCUGGAGGAAAAACGAAAAGAGGGAUUGAAGAAAAAAGAAGAAGACAUGAAGAGAAUAGAAGAGAUUGAGAGACCAGUAGCUGAACUAGAAACAAAAUUUAGAAGAAAUAAAGAUACAUUUAAAGAAAACCAUGAGAAACUGUUGUGUUUGGAUCAGAAGGCACAAGAGCUAGAUAAGGAGCAGAAGGAAACAGAACAACAACUGGAACAAAAAAGUACUACUCUGCAGCAGCAAUUAAAUGAUAUACAGGAAAAAUAUUCAGCUGUUUCAAGUCAAAUUGCUGAAAACUCUCACACUACUGAAGAUAUUAAAAACAAACUUGGUGAAUUAAAUUCAUUAUGGAACAUGAAGGAAAUGCAGAUCGAAAACACAGAAAAAUCUAUAAUUGAUUUGGGGAAAAAAUUAAGUGAUGUGAUGUCUAAGCAGCAAAAUGUUCAGAUGGCAUUUAAUGAUCUCCGAGAUGAGCUAGCAGAAUAUGAAAAAAGAUUAACUCAGGAAGAAAAAACAUAUGGAAAGUUACUACAGACUAGAAGGAAAAACUUGAAAGACUUGGAAGUGACUCUGGAGCAAAUAAUUAAAGUCCAUAGUCUCAACAUCUAUAACUAA